AAGCCUUGACCUCGAACUAUUUCGCUAUAUAAACGGAAUUAAAAGAAUAAUGCCGAACAUUUCUUUCCGACACAAGAACUGAAAAUUACCGUUCGCAAUGAAGAGUCUCGCAGUGAUCGUGCUGGUUCUCACUAUUGUCUCACUUUCCACCCAGCUCACCGAGGAACAGCAGCAAAAGAUCAAGCAAAACCGUGAGGAAUGCGUCAAGGAAACCGGCGUGGAUCCCGUCCUCAUCGACAAAGCUGACCAGGGCGACUUCUCCGACGACCCCAAGUUGAAGUGUUUCGCCAAAUGUUUCUACCAAAAGGCCGGCUUCCUGAACGACCAGGGCGAAGUCUUGAUUGAUGUUGUCAAGGAAAAGAUCCCCGCUGAGGCCAACAAGGAGGAAGCUCUGGCCAUCAUCGAGAAGUGCAAGGAACUAAAGGGUCAGGAUGCUUGCGAGACCGCCUUCCUCAUCCACAAGUGCUAUUUUGAGAACACGCACAAGAAGGCAGCCGAACCCGCUCCCAGUGCUUAGAUCCAUGUAAUUUUUAAUGUUAUUUAUUAAAUAUUUAUACGUGUUACAAUAAAAAAAUCACACAGCUUA